AUGGAAAAGAAAACUAAAAUCGAAGAAGCCGAUGGACAAAAUGUCUCUGUUGACAAUACAAAGGAACGCAAACAUUUGAUUUAUACCGUUAGCGAAAGACCGCCAGUCCAUAUAACAAUUGUCUGUGCGCUUCAGCAAGGGUUAAUGGUGCUAGCUAGCCAGCUAAUCGUGUCCCUGCUGGUAGCCGAGGCCGUGUGCGCGUCCGAAAACAAUUUACUGAAGGCUCGUUUGCUCAGCUCAACACUGGUCAUGAAUGGUAUAACAACCAUUGCAAUGAACGUCAUAGGGGUCAGAUUACCGCUCUUCCAAGGUGCAAUGGCUGACUAUGUCAUUCCACUCCUCAUUAUUGCCAGUAUUGACGGCUCCUUCUGUUCUCCCCUUUAUACAAGUGAAGCUUCAACAACUGCAGUUGCCAACAUGACAUUUGCUGUCAACGGAACGAUAGGCGACGGCGACCAUAUGGCAAGGGUUAUGAACAACAUUCAAAUGCUGUCUGGCAGCCUGAUACUCGCAGGAUUUAUACACGCCAUGCUAGGCUUUACCGGACUUAUCGGCUUCCUCAUCCGUUAUAUUGGCCCCAUCACAAUCGUCCCAACCAUCCUCCUGCUGUUUGUGUUCAUAGUGAAGCCUGUGUUGAAAUACGUAGAAGCAAGCUGGCCAAUAACUAUGUCGACAGUGGGCGUUGCUGUGUUUCUUUUCCUAUACCUAUCAAAGUGGCAAAUGCCAAUACCAGUUUGGACCCCGUCCCAGGGCUGCAGAAUUAUUCGGUACCCGCUACAUCAAGUGUUCGCGAUUCUCAUCUCCAUCCUGUUCAACUGGGGAUUGUGCGCAUUGUUGACACACCUAGGCGCCUUUUCUAGUGACCCUAACGAGCCGUCGUUUAACGCCAGAACAGACGCACGUAGUGAAAUCAUUGCUGAAAAUCCAUGGUUUAUGUUUCCUUAUCCAGGUCAGUUCGGAGAAUUCAAGUUCAAUAGCGGCGCAUUUUUGUCAUGUAUGAUUGCCACGCUUGUAUCAGUGUUGGAUUCCAUUGGUGAUUACUACGCAUGCGCAAAAGCAGCGCGUGUUCCGCCACCGCCGCGCCAUGCCAUGAAUCGCGGAAUAUUAGUGGAAGGUUUCUGCAGUAUGGUCUCCGGUGCGGUGGGAUGUGGUCACGCUACCGGAACUUAUGGCGGCAACAUAGGAGCUAUUAGCGCAACACGGGUGGCAAGCCGUAGCGUUUUCCUAUGUACCGGCAUACUUUACAUCCUGUUUGGUGUGUUUGGAAAGUUCUCCGCCAUCUUUAUCACCAUCCCAUAUCCGGUCCUUGGCGGGGCUAUUUUUGUCAUGCUUGGUGUGUGUCUAGGUGUGGUCGUGUCAAAUCUAGAGGUAGUCGACAUCUCCUCGAGCAGGAACAUGGCGAUAUUCGGGCUUGCCGUCUUUAUUGGGUUGUGUGUUCCAACCUGGGCCCAACGAGUCAAGAACCCCGUGGAUACCGGAAACCAGACGUUUGAUCGCAUUAUGGCAAUGUUGCUAGGCAACCCGCAUUUGGCCGGAACUAUUGUUGCAUGUUUCCUAGACAACACAGUACCAGGGACCCCGGAGGAGCGAGGUAUCUCGGCCUGGCAAGUGAGCGACGACGACGAAACAGCGGAAGUGGAUCCGGAAAAAUUUGACGAAGGCUACACUCUUUACGAACCGCUCCUUCCACAGAGAUGGCUGCGAUCACCGUGGAUGAAGUACAUUCCCUUCUUGCCUUACAAGAGACCAACUUCCGGUGCACACAAAUCCGUGUAG